AAAGCCUCUUUAUGCAAAGAUAGCCACCUGUCUCUCUCUCUCUCUCUCUCUCUCUGUGAUCAGUACUACUGCACGAACCUCCUUUUUCAUCAUCAUCAAAGCUUGUUGUUGCUACUGCACCCAAUGAUCCCCUCAAUCAUUCCACUUAUAUACUUCUUCUCUUCCUCACUUCCUUCCUUGCAACAACCACCAUAACACCCAAAUCCUUCCCCCCUCUCUCUCUCUCUGUUUUUCUGUGUGUCAAAUGGCUUUCCAGAACUCUAUGAUGUUGAUUAUUGGGUUACUUUUCUCACUCUCCUGUCUUUCCCAAGCAAUCAAUGCCAACCAGUCUCAGUUUUUCUCCCUCAUGAGAAACUCUGUCUCAGGCUCUGCCUUGUCUGAUUGGAAUGCCUCUGCUGCAGGAGGGAAGCCUUUCUGCAACUUCACUGGAGUUACUUGCGACCAUCAAGGUUAUGUUGUCAAGCUUGACAUCUCUGGAUUCUCACUUUAUGGAAAAUUCCCGGCAGAAGUAUGCUCUUAUCUGCCAAAGCUACGGGUUCUCAGGCUCAGCAACAACAAAUUCACCGGCGAAUUUCCCGGCAGCGUCGUGAACUGCAGCUUCUUGGAAGAGCUCAACACCAGCCGCCUUUAUCAACCAGGGAAGCUUCCAGAUUUCUCACCAAUGAAAUCUCUGAGAAUACUUGAUUUGUCGUACAAUUUAUACGACGGCUACUUCCCCAUGUCGGUGACCAACCUUACAAAUCUGGAGGUGCUUAACUUCAACGAAGUCCCUGGCUUCCGCUUAUGGCAACUCCCGGAGAAUAUUUCCAGGCUGACAAAGCUCAAAUCUAUGGUGUUUACAACGUGCAUGCUGCACGGCCGGAUCCCUGCAGCAAUAGGAAACAUGACAUCUCUUGUUGAUCUUGAAUUGAGCGGAAAUUACCUUGUGGGUGAAAUUCCGGCAGAGAUGGGAUUGCUGAAGAACUUGCAACAGCUUGAGCUCUACUAUAACAUGAUUGUCGGCAGCAUACCGGAGGAGCUUGGAAAUCUCACAGAGCUCAGAGACAUGGACAUAUCGGUCAACAAGUUAACCGGAAGCAUCCCGGAGUCCAUUUGUCGGCUUCCCAACCUCAGAGUCCUGCAACUUUACAACAACACCCUCACAGGAGAGAUCCCAGGUGUGAUUGCAAACUCAACAACCCUGGCCAUUUUGUCACUUUACGCCAACAAUCUGACAAGACAUGUUCCACAAAACUUGGGGCAAUUAUCACCCAUGGUUGUUCUAGACGUGUCGGAAAACAAUCUGUCGGGUCCGUUGCCAGCAGAAGUCUGCAAGAGAGGUAAAUUACUUUACCUUCUUGUCCUUGAAAACAUGUUCUCUGGAAAGUUGCCUGACAGUUACGCAAACUGCGUGUCUCUUCUACGGUUUCGAGUUAGUCAUAACCGUUUGGAAGGCUCCAUACCUGAAGGAUUGUUGAGUCUUCCCCAUGUCUCAAUCAUUGACUUGGGAUACAACUAUUUCACCGGAACACUUGCCAAUACAAUUGGAAAGGCAAGAAAUUUGUCUGAGCUGUUCAUACAGAACAACAGGAUUUCAGGUGUUCUGCCUCCAGGAAUCUCCGGAGCAACCAAUCUGGUGAAGAUUGAUCUUAGUAGUAAUCUUCUGUCUGGUGAAAUCCCAUCUGAGAUUGGGAACUUGAGAAAGCUAAAUUUGCUGCUGCUACAAAGCAACAAGCUCACAUCUUCCAUCCCCGACACACUUUCUUUGCUAAAAUCUCUCAAUGUUCUUGAUCUCUCCAACAACCAGUUGACAGGAAGUAUCCCAGAAAGCCUCUCUGAGUUGUUACCAAACUCGAUCAACUUCUCAAACAAUCGGCUUUCGGGUCCAAUUCCUCUCUCUUUGAUAAAAGGAGGGUUGGUAGAAAGCUUCUCUGGCAACCCAGGUCUCUGUAUGUCGGUCUAUGUUAAUUCAUCCGACCAAAGCUUCCCUAGUUGUUCGAAGACUUAUUACAACCGGAAGAAACUAAAUUCCAUCUGGGCAAUUGUAGUUUCAGUUGUUCUCAUCAUUCUUGGAGCUAUCCUUUUCCUAAAGCGUCGGUUUAGCCAAGAAAAAUCUGCUAUAGAACAUGAUGAGACCAUGUCUUCAUCUUUCUUCUCAUAUGAUGUGAAAAGCUUCCAUCGAAUAAGCUUCGACCAACGUGAGGUGAUUGAAGCCAUGGUUGACAAGAACAUAGUCGGACAUGGAGGAUCCGGGACUGUGUACAAGAUUGAGUUGAGCAGUGGGGAUGUUGUUGCAGUGAAGAGGCUUUGGAGUCGAAAAACAAAAGAAACAGCUGCAGAGGAUCAGCUGUAUAUAAACAAGGAGUUGAAAACAGAGGUGGACACUCUUGGAAGUAUAAGGCACAUAAACAUUGUCAAAUUAUACUGCUAUUUCUCAAGCUUGGAUUGCAGCCUUCUGGUUUAUGAGUAUAUGCCAAACGGUAACCUUUGGGAUGCUCUUCACAAAGGGUGGAUCCAUUUGGAUUGGCCUACUCGCCAUCAGAUUGCUCUGGGGAUUGCUCAGGGUUUGGCAUACCUCCACCAUGAUCUUCUCCCUCCCAUCAUUCACAGAGACAUCAAGUCAACCAAUAUCCUUCUAGAUGUCAAUUACCUUCCCAAGGUUGCAGAUUUUGGCAUAGCCAAGGUUUUACAAGCAAGAGGAGGGAAGGAUUCAACCACUACAGUAAUUGCAGGCACUUAUGGCUACUUGGCCCCAGAAUAUGCAUAUUCGUCUAAAGCAACAACCAAGUGUGAUGUGUACAGUUUUGGAGUAGUUCUAAUGGAACUGAUAACUGGGAAGAAGCCAGUGGAGCCAGAGUUUGGAGAGAGCAAGAACAUCACAUAUUGGGUCUCAAACAAAGUGGACACCAAAGAAGGAGCCAUGGAAGUCUUAGACAAGAGAUUGUCAGGGUUAUUCAAGGAUGAGAUGAUCCAGGUUCUCAGAAUCGCAAUCCGCUGCACCUACAAGGCCCCAGCCCUUCGCCCAACCAUGAAGGAGGUUGUUCAGUUGCUGAUUGAGGCUGACCCCUGCAGACUCGAUUCCUGCAAGUCGUCAAAUAAGACCAAAGAAACAUCAAAUGUCACCAAAACAAAGAACCCAUUUGAGCUAUGAUUGCAUGCUUGAAGGAGCUUGCAAGGUUUGAGGUGAAUUAGUAUGGCAAUAUGGCAUAUAUCUUAAUUACUCUUAUAAAGAGCAACUUAACUCUGAUAUACUGUCCUUGUAAUUUUUAACAAUGUAAUUUUGUAGAUAUUUUCCUUCCUUCC